UCCUCCCACUAACCAAGAUGGCGGUAUAGCAACUAUGUCAACAACACGCUGACAGACCUCCUAUCACAAGAAAUAGCGCAAAAAUAUUGACACCAACAGGUCCUUUCUGAGUGAGUUGAUAUAGUCAUGGGGGAGUGCAAAGCAACAAACAGCUAUGUCAAGAAUCAUGAAUCUCCUUCAAGAAUGGGACAAGGGCUCCAAAUCUGUGCGAAAGAAAAUACUUCAAGAUUUUAUCAUGCAGAAUCAAAGUAAAACUGGACCGGAAUUAGAACAGGAAUUCGCACAAGCAGCUAGCCUGUUUCUCACAAGACUUACAGCCUGGUUACGUUUAACAUACAUGAUUGGCACAUGUCUUCAUGAACAACUGUGUGCAGUGUCCAUAUUCCUGUCUGCAUCUAGUGGUCACAAGUUCAUGGCAGAAUUUCUUGAGGUUGGAGGCGUUCUGACCCUCCUUGAGGUCAUAGGACUGAAACAAGCGAAGGAAGCAGACAAAGCGCAGGCUGUCAAGUGUAUACAGCACAUUGCAAAUGCUGGCCGCAAAUACAAGGAACUUGUGUGCGAGAGCUAUGGUAUCCGUGCUGUGGCUGAGUGCCUGGCCAAGUCUAAGAGUGAGGAGACCCAGGAUGCGUGCCGGAACUUGCUGCUGAUGCUGGGCCAGGGUAAUCCCAAGUUUGAGAUGCAGGUGUACAAGGGUCUAAUUGCUCUGCUGCCAUGUAGCUCACCUAAAGCCCAGCAGAUGGCAGCACACUCACUCAGAGUUGUACAGGCAACAGUGAGACAGGCAAAUGUCAGUGUGGUGGAGCCGUUACUGAACCUACUGAAAACUCUCCAUCUAGAGGUACAGUUUGAAGCUAUUGAAUUGGUCAAGGAGCUGAUGGACUACGAUGUGUCUACCAGUCUGCUGAAGGGUCUGGUGGCGCUACUCCGACCAGCCAAGGAGGACAGUCUACCCAGGCCAGAGAUUCUUGAAGAUCCUGAUGUUCCAAAGAUCAGUGCCCCUCUACCUGUGUACGUACAGCAAGCAGCAGCAGCUAAAACUAUUGGCAUCCUGGCAAGAGACAGUAAUGAACUUGCAGAAAAACUGAUUCAGACCCGAGUGGUGCACAACCUGAUGUUUGCCAUGGGUAACCAGGACUACGCUGACAGUCAAAGACAAGCCAGCAUCACACUCGAGUAUUUCUGUAGGACAUUUCCAAUUGUUGACGACCAUGUUCGAGACGCCAUGGGAGAAGCUUUGUAUGAUCUGUUUAUGGCAAACCCUGAGACCCUGUAUGUCAACAUGAACCACAUCCAAGCUGAUGUCCUCAUCUCCAACAAAGUCAACAUCCCUAAAUAUGAAGUGGUGGAGACAGUGGACUAGAGGUUUGAUUUGUUGUUCAGCGUCAUCUUCAUCGUCUUCAACAUCUUCAUCUGCUGCCACACUGGCUGUGAAGCUUGGUGUGGACACAUUGAUUGUGAUACACUGUACCCAGCUAGCAUUUCCAUGUAAAGAGAUUGAUGAAGGAUCUUAUAAAGACAUGUUUAUAUUGUGAAGUUUGUAUAUAGAAAUAAUAUUGAAAUGAAAUAACCAGCG